GGAGCCCUGGGCUCCUGACAGCUUAGGCGGGCCCUGGCUGCAACACGCAGCCCCUCGCCUCUGCUUCCUUAGCCUCUGAGAGCUUCAGACCUACCGCGCUUGCAACCACACCAUCUCCAACGGAUGCUCAUUAGCAGGAUACUGGGGUCAAAUUCACAGGCACUUUCCAGAAACUCCACCACUGGCCAGAGUUUGCAAACAUCCGGAUUGGCUCUGGGCACAGCGGCCACCUUAAGUUCUCCUGAACACCCCUUCUGCAAGUACCCCAGGCCGGUCUCCUGACCCAGAGAUGGAUUUACCUGUGAACCUAACCUCCUUUUCCCUCUCCACCCCCUCCCCUUUGGAGACCAACCGCAGCCUCGGCAAAGACGAUCUGCGCCCCAGCUCGCCCCUGCUCUCGGUCUUCGGAGUGCUUAUUCUCACCUUGCUGGGCUUUCUGGUGGCGGCGACGUUCGCCUGGAACCUGCUGGUGCUGGCGACCAUCCUCCGUGUACGCACCUUCCACCGCGUGCCCCACAACCUGGUGGCGUCCAUGGCCAUCUCGGACGUCCUGGUGGCUGCGCUAGUCAUGCCGCUGAGCCUGGUGCACGAGCUGUCUGGGCGCCGCUGGCAGCUGGGUCGGCGGCUGUGCCAGCUGUGGAUCGCGUGCGACGUGCUCUGCUGCACGGCCAGCAUCUGGAACGUGACGGCCAUAGCCCUGGACCGCUACUGGUCCAUCACGCGCCACCUGGAAUACACGCUCCGCACCCGCAAGUGCAUCUCCAACGUCAUGAUCGCGCUCACCUGGGCGCUCUCCGCUGUCAUCUCUCUGGCACCGCUGCUUUUUGGCUGGGGAGAGACGUACUCUGAGGGCAGCGAGGAGUGCCAGGUGAAGGACUCUGCCCAACAGCCCCAGAUGGUGUUCACGGUCCGCCAUGCCACCGUCACCUUCCAGACAGAAGGGGACACGUGGCGAGAGCAGAAGGAGCAGCGUGCCGCCCUCAUGGUGGGCAUCCUCAUUGGUGUGUUCGCACUCUGCUGGAUCCCCUUCUUUCUCACGGAGCUCAUCAGUCCUCUUUGCUCCUGUGACAUCCCCGCCAUCUGGAAAAGCAUCUUCCUGUGGCUUGGCUACUCCAACUCCUUCUUUAACCCCCUGAUCUAUACGGCUUUCAACAAGAACUACAACAGCGCCUUCAAGAACUUCUUUUCUAGGCAACACUGAGGGAGAGGACCAGGAUUGAAAGAAGUUUCUUCCCAGAAUUCAAUGGAAUUCCCAGUUCAUUCAUUUUCCAUCCCCACCCAACAGCCAUGUGGACGAGAUGAAUCCUCACCAUUCUCCAGGGUCAUCUUCAGAACUGCACUGGCCUGUUUUCCACCUCCUCAGUAAGAAUAUGACUCCUCACAGAGUUUUGGUGACAUGAUGUAUCUAACUCACCUACUGUCCCUUUCUCUGUGCUGACAGCCACGGUCUUUGCCCACAAAGUGUCCUUUCCUCCCCAGAUUCACUCCGGCAUGGUGGUCGACAUUGUCCUAAAGAAGUCAAACAAGGCAGAUAAGAAGGAAGAGGUAAAACAAUAUGGGCAGGUUGAGAAUGGAUAGAAAAGAAUGAACAAGUCAUGAUGUAGACAUCUGGGGAUAGGAGACCAUAGUUCCAGGCUUUCUGGAACAGCCCGUAUUUCAAAUAUUCUCCUAUAUGGUCCUAGUACAUAUACCCUCAUACUGAUGGGGUAUGUCCCAAUAGUUGACCACAAAACACCAUCUCCAAAUAUAUUAAAGUACAUAGUCCUAUCCAUGAAAGCAGGGAAUAUUAACUUUAAGGUUUUGUUUGUGGCAACCACACACACACACACACACACACACACACACACACACACACACAACUGUAAAAGAGGCAGGUGUUCUAGCUGACUAGUUUAUUCCAAAAUCCAAUCCCUUGACAUGAAGCAGGCACUGAGGGUCAACUACUUCCUUUCAUUUUGAAGCAACAGUUUAUAAACAGUAAAAAAGUCUACUGGUUUCAUAGAAUCUGUCAAAUUUGCUAAUUUGCUACUGGUUUCACAUGUGUGGAAUAUGUUCGAGUGUUUCUAGGCAAAGACCUUUAUCCUCAAAUCAUGAGAUUAGAGUAAAACAACUGCUAUAGAGUUGGGCAUCUCAUGACCAAUGAGUAUGAAGGCACACUCACCAAACACAGGCACUUUAAGGGCAUCCUUGAUUAAUUUGCUAAUUGCUAUUUUUUUGUUGAUAUGUGAAUACCCGCUAGGAAGCCAAGGCUAGCGGGCAAUGAAAAAGAUAGAACAAUGGUAAAAUGCAGCCCCAGUCCUCUACAAAUUGACAGUAUAGUUUGUGAGGUGAGGCAGUUAAGUGAUGAUGCAGCAUUUGGAUGAUCAUGUAAAACCAGUGCCAUUAUACAAAACUUUAAAAACAAUCCUAGGCAAUAAAACUGCCUGUGGUCUGCUAUGUCCCUGACUCUUUAAAUGCAUGAAUUAAAGAAUGAUAUAAUAAUCUCUGAUUUAUUGUGAUUCAUGUAGUAUGUUAUAUAUAAUAAAUUAUAUCAAUUAAGAGUUCAAACAUA